UGGCAGUUGAAUGAAAACUUUCACAGAUAUUUUAGAGACCUUAUUUUAUUUUUGUCUGAGCUGUCUUCAUUUUUGCUCUUUCCUAGACAGAGUAAAGGUCAAGCUCAUCUGUGGAGAUAUCUCUUCAUACGAUGACGUCCGAGAGGUCCUGAGUGGAAGCCAUCUGGUCAUACACACAGCUAGCCUGGUGGAUGUCUGGGGACGGGUACCACCAAGUAAAAUCACUGAAGUCAAUGUGACAGGAACAGAGAAUGUUCUGAGAGCGUGUGAGGAGGAAGGUGUCCAAUACCUGGUCUAUACCAGCAGUAUGGAGGUUGUGGGUCCAAAUAUCCAUGGAGAUCCAUUCUUCAGGGGUAACGAGGACAUGGAAUACAAAGUGUAUCACAACCAGGCUUAUCCCUUGAGCAAAUCCAAAGCUGAGAAGAUUGUACUGGAGGCCAAUGGAAGGAAGAUGAAGGAUGGAAGAACACUUUACACUUGCUCCCUGAGGCCCACAGGGAUAUACGGUGAGGGCCACAUGCUAAUGAAGGAGUUCUAUGAGCAAGGGUUGCGUACAGGACGCCGCGUGUUCAGAAUCAUCCCCUCCUCCACAGAACACGGCAGAGUUUAC